AUGGCACUGAGCGUCCCCAUUCCAACACGAUGGUGCACAGUCGAGAAGUUCAUCCGCAGUGUUUCUAUAAACCAGUCUAUCAUUCGCUUCACCUUUGCUGACACUCAACCGCUCAAUCGCUACAACACCAAGGUGCAGAGGCCCGAACUGGAACGUGUUUUAGCAAUCAUAAGUGAUCAAGAACGCUGGAAUGAGUCGGAUCGGGCACUUGGCCUUUUGUCACCAAUCAACAAAAACCUAGCUGUCUGUGAAAGUGAUGAUCCCUUUUUGUCAUCUGUGUAUUCGGAGUUCGUCGCACUAAAAGAGCAUCCAUCCUACGUCGAGCCCAUGAGUGGAGUCAGUGCAGAAGAACGAGGUACAUACGCCGAUAUUCAGCGUGAAAUUUUCGAUUUGGUUGAAAUCCGGCGCGAAUUUAUCAUGUCGAGCUCAAUGCGAGUCGCGUAUCUUCUCGACCAAACGACAGACAUCACAAAAUUUGGUGCAGCGAAUGAAGCGAAAGAAGACAGCGACCUUGCGCUAGCCAUGCGGGAGCUUGUGGAUAUGGCUACAGGUACUGCGACGGAUCCCGAUAUUAUUAAGAAGUAUCAGGCUGCAGUUGAGGCAUGGACUUGCCAGCGAUUUACCUGGGCUGAGAGGAAAGUCGCUCUGUCUGCUAUCCCGAUGUCGCCUUCGAGUUUCUGGAAGAUUCAUGGCCGCGCUGCGUUUCCACUGCUGAAGCCAGUUGCUGAUAUGAUGUUUGCAAUUCCAACUUCGUCAGCGUCCAGUGAACGCAGUUGGAGCAUUUACGACUUUAUUCAUUCAAAGAGAAGGAACCGUUUGCAUGCCUUGAGGGUGGAGAAGCUUGUAUUUGUCUACUCUAACAUCAUUUCUACAACAGGUGAGCCAAUUCGAGACCAUUUAGCUGAUGACAUGUACCCGGAUGCACAUUAUGGAGACAUGGAUGAGCAGAAUGAUAAUGAAAAUGAAGAAAUGGGCGAUGGAGAAGAAAACGAUGAGAUCAUGCAAGAUAUGUCCGGUGUCGAAUGA